UUUGCCGUUACCGAAGCAGCUCUUCUCGUCGCACGGGCGGCUUCAGGCUUUCCACAUCGUCGGGUGGAGACCACAGCAUUUGAUCCCCCCUGGCCGUUGCCUCCCCCCAACCCCUUCGCUAUUUGUCGCUUCGAAUUCACUGAAAUAGCCAUUGAAGAUGACCACCACCACCAACUUCCAAGGAAUGGAGCCCGGUGCCAAAAGCAGUUCCAGGGUGCUCCGACCGCCAGGCGGCGCCUCCAACUUCUCCUUUGGCACGGACGAAAACACCACCCCGCAGCGCAAGAACAAGAUGGCCUCCAGCAUCUUUGCAGAACCUGACGACCCGCAUGCCCACCGGAGGAACAACCCACCCAGUGCCGCCGACGCCGCGGCGGGCACCCUGUGCGGGGAGCACUCGGCCCCACUGAGACGGUGCCAGCAGCCUAUUCUGUUCCCCAAGAACCCUCAGCCGGAGCUCACCACCAUCCACAACUCCGGAGCCGCUUUGGUGUGGAACCAAAGACAAGAGGAGGAGGACGGCCAAGAAGCAGCAAACAACGAGUGUCCCGACAACGAGGAGGCGGAGCAGGAGGAGCAGCGGGCGCCACAACCGGCCGCCCCAUCGGGAAGUGACAACUCCUCUGCGGGCGGCCGAAGAAACCCACCCGGUGGCAAGUCCAGCCUCAUCCUGGGUUGAGAGACCCCCAUCCUCUUCUUUCAUUAUUUUUUUUUAUUUUUGAAAGAUGAAUCCCCCCUGUCACUCUCUUCCUCGCCAUCGAGCUGUCCCUUCUGUGCCGCUCAUGUCCGCCUCGGCUCUAAUCCCAACUUGUCCUUUUCCUCCUUUUUUCUAUUAAAGAACUGUCGAUAAAAGCACUUUACGUAUCUCUGUGCCCUCCUUCCCGUCCGUUGGAGCCCGUCCCGUAGAGGGCAUCGCCCCUGACGGGGAAGGCAAGACAUUUAGCUCAUACCCCGUCCCGUUUGUCCAUGUUGUAAAUGCUAAAAAAAAGAAAACAAAACUGAAAUGUUACGUGAAUUUCUAAAUACAAUAAAGAUUGAUAUGAA